CGACUACAAAUCUUCAUGUUCGAUGAACAAGCGCUGUCUUCAAGAUGCAGAGAACCUCGGAAGACGAUCAAGAGGGAGGUGAACUUUUCCUCUCCUCUCCUGUUACAUUCAUCGCUGUGGUAGCAAUUGACUUUGGCACAACGUUUAGUGGGUUUGCAUUUGCGUUCAAUAACAGAGAAAAAAGUAUCCACAUGAAUAAAGAAUGGGGAAGUGACCAAGGCUACUCCACUAUGAAGACACCUACAUGUUUGUUGCUCAAUCCAGACCAGAGUUUCAAUUCGUUUGGCUAUGAGGCCAAAGAUAAAUUUGCUGAUUUGGAGGAAGAGGAAGCUCGACAAUAUUUUUACUUUGAUUGCUUUAAAAUGAUUCUUCAUAACAAUGAGAGCUUGAAUAUGAACACCACUGUAGAGGCAGCGAAUGGCAAGCACAUGAGGGCCUUGGAUGUUUUUAAAUAUUCCAUAAAAUAUCUUUACACACGGGCACUAGAGGUGAUUAAGGAGAGAACUGGUGACGAAGACUUCGGAGGAAAUGAUGUGCAAUGGGUCUUGACUGUCCCAGCAAUAUGGAAACCAGCGGCAAAACAAUUUAUGAGAGAGGCUGCUUAUCAA